AGCAACAGCCAGCCAGCCAGCCCAUCUCAUCUCACUCGAUCAUCGCACUCUUUGUGCUGAGCCGUUUCUGUACAGGAUCACGGCGAAGAUGUCGACGACGGCCACCGUCACCCGCGCCCACCUUGAGAACAAGCUCGCCCUCGCCAAACGCUGCUCCAGAGAGGCGACGCUCGCCGGAGCCAAGGCGGCGGCCGUCGCCACGGUCGCGUCUGCGGUGCCAACGCUGGCGAGCGUGCGGAUGCUGCCGUGGGCCAAGGCGAACCUGAACCCCACCGGCCAGGCGCUCAUCGUCUGCACCGUCGCCGGGAUGGCCUACUUCAUCGCCGCCGACAAGGCCAUCCUCUCGCUGGCGAGGAGGCACUCGUACGAGAGCGCCCCCGACCACCUCAAGGACACCUCCUUCCAUGGUGGUGCCGCCGCAGCUCGUCCCCGUCCGCCGGCAUUCUUCAGGCCUUGAGCUAGUAUUAUCCUGCUUGUGCCGUUGCGCGUAUUCUAGAAAAAAUGUAUGCAUCAUUGUCAGUGUCCCAAGAAACCGCUGCCGCAUGAAUAUCUGACGCCGAAAUGUAUGUAUAUCCGUGUACUGAAUGAAACAGAGGGCUCGAUCCUGGUUUCAUA